CUCGAAUACCCGUGACCUGUCCAACUUCGUUCACACUCUCCAACAUCGGAAUCUGUCUUCGGAGGCGAUCCACCCCGGCUCCGGCGUCACGCACCCCGGAAUGUGGGGUACGUCAUUCCUCCCCAAACAGGCAACAACCACCAUGUCUCAACCUUGGUCAAAUGAACCCAACCUUGACCGUAAAGUUGGGCGCGCCACACUUCAACUUCACUUCAUCUCAAGAGCUCUCCGACUCCUCAAGCUUUCACCUCCGCUGAACCGGUGCCUUGGACAUUUUUUUUAAUACGGUUGCUACGUGUUCCUGUAGCAUUUCGUCCCGUCUGCCCUCCCACACCCUUUUUAUGCCUUCUUGUUAGUAGAGAACUGCCAAGAUGCCCUCCCUCCCGUUCUCAGACCGCGUCUCCUCCGCGGCGAACAUGCAAGGCCGCAACGACAACGGCGAAGAGGAGUCCCUCCUCGGACGGGGCCAGCAAAAGGUGCGGCGUUUCUGGGAUGGCUUCAUCGACUUUGCCCUGCAGGGCAACAUUCUCGAGAUUGCCUUUGGUUUGAUCAUCGCGGCCGCCUUCACAACCCUCGUAAACAACUUUGUGCAGAACAUCAUUAUGCCGCCCAUCUCCGUCAUCUUCCCACUCAACCGCAACAUGGAAGAAAAGUUCGCCGUCUUAAAGGGCGGCCCGAACUACACCCACGACAACAAGUACACGACCCUCGAGCGCGCCAAGGACGACGGUGCUGUCGUUUUAGCUUACGGCUCAUUCCUCAACCAACUCGUCUCCUUCCUUUGCGUCGGCAUCUCGCUCUACGGACUGGCCCACGUCUUCCAGUUCUUCUCCAGGGAGCCGAUUAUUAAGCAUACCGUUAAGUGCAAGUACUGCCGCAAGCGGAUCAGCAAUAAGGCGCAACGCUGCGUCAACUGCACCAGCUGGCAGGACGGACGUGAGGAGCGGGCUCAUCAGUAAUGAGGUUCUUCUCUAGUUUCUUUUCCAAUUUUGGUGGGAUCGUGCGCGAGGUGUGUGUUUCUUUCUUCUUAAACUCGGGUUUUAGCAUGUCCGGGGUGGAGUUGGCAAGGCAGCAUCAUGGAAGUCGGGUGUCGGGUGCUGGUGUCCAUGAGCAUUAUUUCAGCAUAGCAGGGUUGGAGUUGACAGAGUUCAGUGUCGUUUCGUGGUUUAUGAGUAUUCAAAGCAUCAUCAUUGAAGAUCAAGUCCAAGCUAUCUUAAAUGAAGUGACCGAUUCUAUUAUUCCAUGUAUUCGUAUUCUUUUUUUAACCCGACCAAUCUGAAUCCUAGCAAGGACUGGCGUUACCGCCU